AUGUCCCGGGGCUAUCCGUUUUCCCGUAUUCCCGACCCCCGUGGGGCCGCCGAUGGCGGACCCAAAGCAUCAGGCUCAUGCUGUGCGCCCGCCCUGAACAACACGAACCUCUUCGCCUCGCUUCGUCAACUGCUUUGGCCCACACAUACUGCAGUGCACCAGCAAGAAAAUGGGCCCCUUGUCUCUUCCAGCGCAGCCACAGACCUAGUCACCCAGACGUUGACUGUGGGGGCCAUGUUCUCCCGGCCGCUUCAUCCUCAGUCUUCUCACCCCGGGGCCGCUCCGCCUGAUCUAUCCCGGACCGGAUCCGGAAGUGGCCGUCCGUUGAUGGCCGCCGGCCCGAGCGGUAACGGCAAUGGUAACGGCGGUGGUCCGUCUUCUUCAUCCAACGCCCGCUCAAGACCAUGUGACACGUGCCGUGUUCGCAAAACGCGCUGUGUAAAGGAAGAAGGCCAGUCGCGAUGUGUUUUGUGUACUUUUCACAACCAGCCCUGCACGUUUCUGCGCGGACCUACACCACGUCAGAGAAGACAGAACCGGGAUAGGGAGCGGGAGAAGCAAGUCGAGGCUCGAGAUGGAGGGGAUGAGAAUCAGGGCAACGCUGCGACUUCGCCGCCUGUUGCUGGAGCGUCGCCGUCCAGUCGACACGGCGAUGCGGCUUCUACUCCAGCAAGCGUGGAAAGUAACCAGCAGGCCACUCAAAUGCAGCAAGUGAUGCCAUUCGAGGACAACAUGCCUGAACCAGCCCGGCCUAGCAUUCUCAGCAAUACUCUCGGUCUGGAUCUGAAGACACAUGCAGAGUAUGUCGGACCUACCGACUAUCGUGAUCCUAUUCUGCUCGAUCUACAUCGUCCGAAUAUUUUGAACCAGGAACCUCCGCCGUUUCCCAUAUCAUCAACGUUUGCUAGACGUCUGGACUAUCAAACAGUAUUUCUCGUCCACCCUGACGAAUCUACUGCGUCGGAAAGGAUGCGCAUUGCAGAUCUAGAUGCAAUCGAAGCAACUGUCCAUCCGCUAGGUCGCACUUUGGUAGAUCUUUACUUUAGGAUUGUUCACCCUAGUUUCCCCGUCUUGCAUAAAGACGUGUUUAUCAGCAAGCAUCGUUUAUCGCAUCGCCAUUUUGCACCGUCUCUGCUAGCCGCUGUCUACCUGGUGGCUCUUGACUGGCAACUUUACGACAGUUCACUUGCUGGACGCGAGGUUGAAUCUAUCCCUGAUCCAGCAGCUCUUGAGGAUUUAGCUGAACGCACUAUUGCUCAGGACAUGCGACGGCCCAAACUCAGCACCUUGGAGGCUGGAUUGCUUCUACUACAACGGAACCGCCGUAUUGUCGAAUCAGGCUCUCAUACUCAUCCCAUGUCGAACCGUAUGUUCACGGCUCAAAUCGUCGCCAUGGCUCAAGAUCUGGGUAUUCAUAUUGAUUGCAGCUCUUGGUCAAUUCCUGCGUGGGAAGUUGGUCUUCGACGAAGACUGGCCUGGGCAUUAUACAUGCAAGACCGUUGGGGAGCAUGCGUUCACGGCCGACCAUUUCUCAUCCAUGAUACCGACUGGGAUGUGCGUCCUUGUACUGCAUCCGACUAUCCCGAGCUUGACCAGAUGGAUACAGAUGUCAACCCAGACCAUGCCUCCCCUAUCGUUGUUGGCUGGGAUUUAUUCAUCCGUCACAUCGAAUUGACACAGAUUCUAAGUGAUGUGAUUCGCACAUUCUACAGCGCUGGAGCUACUCGCGUGGGAGGCACAUUGGAUCAGAUGGGGGUUGUUGCUGCUGUCGAGCUGGCAAAGCCCCUGGUUUUCCGUCUCCGAGAUUGGCACGCCAAUCUACCACUUCGACUCCAAUUACAAAGUACUCAACUCAGAGAGCUAUGUGCUAAUGGAGCUCUUCAUCUCGCACAUGCAGCUGUUGAGAUUGCUCUUCACCGGGCCCUAGUACGAAUCACGACACCAGAUACGCCCACAUCUCUUUACGACGUCCUGCGAUCAACAGCCCGAGCCAAACUGCAAUCAUCUAUCGAACUACUUGGAUCUCUCCGUCCUGAACACACUGCUGCGUUCUGGGGAAGUGCAGCGGCGUACCAAGCAGCUGAGAUUGGCUCUUUAGCCGGACUACUAUGGGCAACUGCAGACUCAUUUGAUGAGAUGGCAUGGUGUGCAUCUCGUAUAGAGGAGCUCAGAUGGGCAUUGAGAGUUCGAGGUGCAGCGACUCCUUUCGCUAGGGAAGCUUUGCGCCUCUUGGAGCGUGAUAUUGGUGGUCUGGGCAUGGUGAAGACUGCUGCAGACAGUAUCACAUGA